AUGGCCGAACCGAAAUGUCACGCUCCCUGGAAGUUGUACCGAGUCAUCAGUGGACAUCAGGGAUGGGUUGGCUGUUGUGCGGUGGAACCUGGCAAUGAGUGGUUUGCCACAGGGUCUGGGGAUGGAGUCAUAAAAAUCUGGGAUCUUGCUAGUGGCAUUCUGAAAGUCUCCCUGACUGGACACAUCAGUAGUGUCAGAGGUUUAGCAGUCUCUCAUAGGCAUCCGUACUUAUUUUCAUGUGGCGAAGAUGGACAAGUGAAAUGCUGGGAUUUGGAAUACAACAAAGUAAUUCGUCAUUAUCAUGGACAUCUAUCAGCCGUCUACUCCAUGGCACUUCACCCAACAAUCGACGUCCUGGUGACAGCUGGUCGAGACUCCACAGGACGAGUCUGGGACAUACGAACAAAGGCAAAUAUUCACACUCUGGUGGGACACACAAAUACCGUCGCAAGUGUUAUCUGUCAGGCAUCCGAGCCCCAGAUAAUCACAGGAAGUCAAAUACUCCAUCCUCAUUAA